AUGGUGUUAGGCUCUCUAUUUUCUGUUGUUUGAGUAUUUCAUUGUGUUUCCAUCCAUUGUUAGAGUCUACAGUCCAGAAUGCUGGUUUAGCACUACUUAGGCAUGACAGUGCUUGACAUCAGAUGGACAAAAAGUAGGUGUUAUUUAUCUAAACAGACCUUUGAUAUUGCCAGUGAGAACAUAUGGCUUUUUGAAGGUAUUUUUUCAAGUAUACUGCCUGCAUUUCAACUGAUAACCUGCCUGGCAUGUUGUGCUGACAUUGUCAGCUGACAGCAUACCACAGAUUGUUUGGCUUAAUUACAUAAGACAGCAUAGUUCAGAAGAUGUAAGCAUGCUUUAUUCAAAACACAGAAGGGUUCAUAUGAGUGAGGUGUCCAAAAGCACACAACAAUCUAGCUAUGGCAUGAUUUAAGUAUCGAUCAGAAAAUAUGAUAGAUAACAAGAGGUAAUCGAUGCAAAGGGCUGCUCAUUCCUAUCUUUUGCUUCGCAUAUGCAUGUUUAAGUGGCCUGAAGAAAUUCCCAUGCAGUGAAACAUCCUGCAAAAAAAGAGAGGAUUAUUUGGAAUGGCCUGAAUAUUUUAUGGCAGUAGCUUUUCUGUCAGCACAAAGAAGUAAGGAUCCAAGCUCUCAGGUUGGUGCCUGCAUUGUAAAUUCAGAAAACAAGAUUGUUGGAAUUGGAUACAAUGGGAUGCCUAAUGGUUGCAGCGAUGAUGUACUACCCUGGACAAGAACAGGAGCAAAUAGACUAGACACAAAAUAUCCUUAUGUGUGCCACGCGGAAUUGAAUGCCAUCAUGAACAAAAACUCAGCUGAUGUGAAAGGCUGCAGCAUGUAUGUUGCUUUAUUUCCAUGUAAUGAAUGUGCAAAGCUCAUCAUCCAGGCAGGCAUAAAGGAAGUUAUUUUCAUGUCUGACAAGUAUCAUGACACUACAGAAAUGACAGCUGCACGGCGGAUGUUUGAUUUGGCAGGUAUUAUAUAUAGGGAAUUCAAGCCAAAGUGUAACAAGAUCAUCAUUGACUUUGAUUCAAUUAACAGCAGACCAAGUCAAAAGCUUCUGUGAAUUAUGUCUCAUUAAGUCUUUAGAAGAGUGUGAUUAUCCUUUUCUAAAAAGCUGCUAAUACCUUUCAUCUUGAAGUUACUUGCAACUUUUUAAUGGUUUCUGUAGCUAAAGUAGACUUAUAAGAAAUCCAAGGCAUAAAAUGUCCUGCUCACUUCAUCUUGCCAUGUGGAAUCUAAAUGUACUUUAAAUUUUUUUAUGCCUUUAUCAAAACUGCCUAAAAAAUGGAGACAUGUAGAUGAAACAAUAUAAGUAAAGAAAACUGUUCUGAUUCUUCCUGUAUUCAUCACCACAUGCUCUGGUGGGCUGUCAGCAUAGAUUUAGCCUCAGUUCAACAGCAGUACUUGUAACCAGGAGUACGGUGGAAUAUGCUAAUAGAUGUUGAUCUCUCUGUUGGAUAUGUGGAUCUUCAUAGUUGAUCCUAAUAAAGAACAAAAAAUGUUAUCCGUGCAAAUGCUAAUCUUCCAACUAGCAUAACACUAAUAUUUAAAAGGUUUUACAGCUUUAGGAAUUUGUGUCAUUUUGCUGGUUACCCAACAAAUGAAAUGCUGAUUUUUCUUUUAAUUGCUAUCUGACAUUGCCAUACUUAGGGAGGCUUGAGAGAGGAAGCUGGUCUGAGAAUUGUCCAUGCCUGAGUGGGCUUUACAGGUGAUUUCAAAUUCUUGUUUUCCCCAAGACUCCAGAAUUGAAGGGGCUUGAGGGAGUAAAUAAUUUGGUGCUUUACUUCUGGGACUUUUACACUGAGUUUGUUUUCAUAUGUAAAAGAAAAUAAUUUUAUUGGUCUAAGCUGUUCCUGGAUAAUCCAACAUAGCUCAGUCUUGAACUCCACCUGUAAGGUAACUGAAUAAUUUUUUGCCCUUUGAGAGAAAUCGGAGAUAUUCAACCCAUAUCCAUAUCUGUGCCAAAAGAUGUAAUUGUGGUGGUAGCUUGUUUCCCAGUGCUGACAUAGUGCCUCCAUUUUCAUAAAUGUUGCCUAAAAUAAUAUCCUUUUUAAUUUUAUCUUGAGAUCUGGGAAUAGAUUUGAGUUCAUUUUCUCUAAUUUGAUUUUUAAAAAUUAAGUAUGCCUAAUGGCUUUGUUUAGAUAACAUUGGUUGUUGUUUGUUUUGUUGUUUUGGGUUUUUUUGGGUUUUUUCUUUUUAAUGUGGUUAUACUUCAAUGAGCUUUUAUUUUCUCUACAAAAGCUUUGUUUCAUAUUUUGGGACAUUAUGUAAUUUGGCUUCAUACCAAUAUUAUUAAAGUCUUAUUAAAAUCCA